AGAGGGUUUCAAAUAAAACAUUUUUAUUAGAAGGAUGGAAAUUUAGAAUGAAUUCGAGAGACUCCAAACUAGAACCAAGCUGAAUCAAACUUUCAAAAUCGCGUUCUGUUAAUUUCAUUCAAUUCUUCGCACCAUUGCUGCUGGCUUUUCUCACAUUCAUUCAUUCCCCCAAUCGCGCUUUCAUUGCUUUGAGAACAAUUCUCAAACAACGCAAUUCAAAACCUUUAGGUUAGACUCACUCAUGGACGGUAAAGAUGAACCACAUUCAUCACUUCCAUGGCACUGGAUAAUUGAAUCCCUAGCAGGUUUCAAAGAAACUCCCUUAUCCACUCUACAAGGUUUGAUUGAUGCUGCACCUAUUAGGCAUGAUGAUUUUUGUGAAAAUACAAAGGAAUUGGUUGCUUUGAGGUGUUUGGAGGAACUUUAUGCUCCGUUUUCUUCUUCAACAUUGGAUUCUUCAGUUGAACUUGAUUCUUCACGAUCUUGUGAAGAUGUUCUUCGAGAAAUAUUGCAUGAGGUGCCUUUAUCAAAUCUGAGGAUUGCUGGAGGAAAGCUAUUGAAAUGGGAUGUUAACCCAUUUAUUACAGACAAAAGAGCUGGGAAUGUGAAAUGUCACUUAGAGAAGCUGAAAGAAUCAAUAUUGGAAGGUACACUGCCACUUACCGAUCACUUAAAAGAGAGGAGUGGGUUAUUUCAAACGAAUCGGAAUCGGCCUCAUACAGUAUGUGUGAAUGAUGGUAAAUGCAAUGAUCAUUCAGUGAAGGAUGAUGGGAACUCAACUUAUGCAGAAGACAUGGGAGCAAAAGAAAACUCAGUGUCCAUAGUAUUAGAGGAUGGCAACAAAUCUUCGAAAGAAGAUUUACCUAAUAAUAAACGUUUAUCCUCUAAGAGGAAUAGGGUUUACUCGGCUGAUAAGCAUUUAAUGAGUUGCUUUAAUGAAAAGCAGGCUUGUAUAAAUGAGCGUGAUGAACUCUUAACUACAAAAAAGAUUAAACAUUGGGCAUCGACAAAUUUUGAUUCCAAGAAAGAAAAGCAAGUUUCUCGACUUGAAAAAGAAGUGUCAGAAAACUCGACUGAAAAAGUUCUAAUUUCUGAGAGUGUAGGGCAUCACACCGAAAAGAAAAACAGGGAAGCUAAAAGUGGUGGAUCCUUAGAGCCUAGUUAUAAUAGGUGCUCUGCUUCAAAUAUGUGUCAGUCAAGUGGUCAAAAUGAAGCCUUUCAUGCUGAAUCAGAUAUUGCCUAUAAGGCAACUUUGACGCCUCAGCAGAAAACUUCUGGAGGUAAACCCCAGUCUGAACAUGAACUAGAUUUGCAACUUAAAGAUUUAAAUUGUUCCCAGCAGACAGCUAGUAGUGUUAAAGCUCAAGAUGAUACUGGUAAUGGCUGUGGGAUAGAGAUACCAGGUGAUACAGUUGUGUACCCAGGUGAAAAGAUUAAUCUCGUAAUGAAAAAGCACAAAAAGAGAAGUCUUGAUACAAAGUGUAGCGAAGGCGGUCGAUUACCAGUUUGUGAAGCGGUUACUGGCCCACUAUUGGUUCCUGAAAGUUGUAUUGGCAUGACGACUAAUAUUUAUCCUCAGCAUACAUCCGGAGUUGAUCCUAGCCAUAAUAAAUAUAUAGAUGAAACUAAUUAUACUGUACAUGUUGAGCCCAUUCCAACAUAUGAUGGUAAUGCAAUUAAAAUUCAGCAUAUAACCAAUCAAUCUCAAAUCCAGCAGAAGGAGCCAAAUGUUGCAUCUUUAAAUGUAUCUCGGAAGCCAGUUGCUAAUGACAAAGUUGUAGUUGAUACUGUCAAUGAUUGUGUAGCAGAGUUAUCAAAUGAUAGUGAUGAGUAUCACAACGAAAAGAUUGAUCUUGUAGCCAAAAAAGAUGAAUUCCUGAACUCCCAGCACACUUUUGGUCAAGAUUUGCCAGCAAAGACUGAAUCGACCAGACAAAAUCUUUGCAUGAAGUGCAAUGAAGCUGGGCAAUUACUGGUUUGUAAAACUACCACUUGCUCAUUGAUGGUGCAUAAAAACUGCCUGGGUGCAUCUGCUCAGUUGGAUGCAAAGGGAAACUUCUUCUGCCCAUUUUGUGCUUAUUCUCACACUAUUUCAGAAUAUCUUGAAGCCAAGAAAAUAGCUUCAUUGGCAAGGAAAGAAUUAGCUAUCUUCAUUAGUAAGGGUAUAAGAAAAGAAGCUGUAGAACAUGUUUAUGAAUCAGGUAGACAGGAAUGUAUUUUUUCAAGAAAGAGUUAUAAGUGCGAGCAUACUCCAUUAGCAGUGAAUGAAGAAAAUAGAGAAGAUCAUGCUGGUGAGCAUGCAAAUAAAGUUGGUAAUUUUCCUUUUGAAAGAAGUCAGCAACAAGUUCCUAUUUUAGUGGUUCACUCAUCAUCCUUCAGAGAAAAGGAAAAUGUAAAUAAUGGGUUAGUAGGUGAUGUAAGAGAAGAGGAUGACUGUGAAAUGCUGAAUGCAAAGAGCUUAACUGAUGAAAGAGUUGAAGACAGAGAAAUGGGAACUGAUAAUGUAGGUGGACAUGGCAAUGAAAUUUUUUCCAGUAAGAAGCUAAAGAUUGUGUGUGCUAAUGAAAGUAAUGAAGAAGUUCUGCAGAAUAUGACAGAGCACAGUAUGGAUGGAACAGUAGAGCCAGUUUGGGCUCACAAUACUGUAAGAGAUGAAAUUUCUAAAGAUGAAUGCAAGAAGCGUAUUAUUUCUAGAUACUCCAUGAGAUUUCGUAUGCAUGAAGUUCAGAACAAAAUCCAAGAAAGCCCUCAGAUAAGACGGAAAAAAAUCCCAUGGACAGCUGAGGAGGAAGAGCUGAUACAGGAGGGGGUCCAGAAGUUUGGUUUCAGCGACUCAAAACUGCCAUGGAAGAAAAUUUUGGCAUUCGGUUCUCACUUGUUUGAGAAGAAUGACAGACUUCGUACUCCACAGGACCUAAAGGAUAAAUGGAAAAACAUGUGUAAAGCACACUCAAAAUUGAAAUAAAAGUCUUCAUCAGAAGGCGAUUUCAUAUUAUUCAGAAAAUUUGGCAAGUCGGUCAGCUUGAUCCAUAUACAAACGUUGCAACUGAUAAAAGAGAAUCGUGGAAGUGAUGUUAACAUGCCAUAUAUAUAAAUAAAUUUGACCAUUUGAUUGGUGUAAAUUUUCAUAGAACUGGACCUUUUUGUAAAGGUGUCAGAUAAUAGUGAAAUCUUGAUCAAAUGUCUUUUUGUUUCGUUUUACCCAUCAAAUGUUUCGUGUAAAUUGUUUUUUCAGUUACUAUAAGUUAACAUAUAGAGUUUUUCAAUACAUUAUAAUCCUGUAAAUUGUAUUAAGACAUGUAUUAGAAAUGAAAAAUUUGAUGCA